AUGUCAAAUGUCCCGUUCGUACGGCCAUGUAUCGCCACAGUCUCACCGGAAGCUGGUACUACUCCUUCGGCUGCCGUAGCCACUACAACUACAGUUGCUCCUGCACAAACUCCAGAAACUCAACAAGACUGCAGCACGUAUUGUCCGUCGGUCUACCGUGACAACUGCAAUGGGAUGCCAAAGACGUUUUGCCCGACAGCUGCACAGGCGAUGGAUGUUGUGCGACCGGAUGGAAACCGAUGUCGUGAAAGCUGGCAGUGUCCAAGGCUUAGCAAUAUCUACUAUUACACAGCGGAAGAUCCUACCGACAGAAGGCGAUACGAUGAUGACUUUGUUUUCUGCUUCCCACCACCGAACAAUUUCUGGUAUCUGUCGGAUGAAACGACGCGAAUCGUAGCAGUCUCAUGCGAAAGCGAGGGGUAA